CGUACCUACAGCGUGAGAUGAGAAUAUCAAGUGAGCAAUGGAUGUUGAGCUCUUAUAUUUGUGAAGCAACUGAGAUCAAUUAUUCAUCGUACUUGACACUCUCCGACCAUAUAGAAUUACUCCAAGACUCAAAACAAGACUCCCAAGAGCCGGUGACGCCAUCCCAAGUUCGAGCCAGGGGGAGAGAAAUCGCCAUCCCCAUCGCUGCGUAUAGCUCCAGCACUUUCAAUGUGUCUGGGUGCAGCGACUGUGCAUAUCCAGUCAACUUCACCGUUCGUAGGGUGCCAAUCCUGGGUAUCAGAAAGCGGAGCAAAGCCAGGUCUGACAUGGCCACUUCGCUCUGGAAUGAGAAAUGCCGAAGCGCGGGAACGAAGGGGCGAAGAACAUCCAAGUCGGCAUCUAGGUAACGCUCAUCGUCAUCGUCAAACCCACGCUCAUCGCCAUACAGGCUCGUAAGAGACAGCUCCGUCAAGGACGGCAAGAGGGGAAGGAUGUCGACGAGAUACAGCCAGUCGCACGUGACGGUGAGCGAGCGGAGCGUGGAUGCGUGUUGGCUGAGGAACGUGAAUAACGAGGGCAUGUACCAUGGCAUGCGCUCGAGCACGAUUCGCUCUAAAGCAGGCAUGCGCAAGCACGGAAGGAUGGCAGAUUCCUUGUCUUCAGAGCCCCUCACGCACAUAUGGAAAGUUCGCACUCGGGGGAAAGUCACCGCUGGGUGGUCGAUUGAGAGCGGGCCCGCGACGGCCAUAGUCAUCUUCAGAGACUGCAACGAGGGCGCGUGCUGUUGUAGAAACCCAAGGCAGUCGGCGUGCUUCCACGCCAUUCUAGAACAGAAAGGAGUGGCAUUGACGAGCAGCUCGAGAUCUUCAAGCUUCGUAAAACCGGUGAUGAUGCUGCAGAGGUGUUGUCCCUCGGUAUACAUAUCCCCUCUCAUCGCGAAACCCCGGAACCGGUCGCGGUAGAGCCUGAACUUGUGGUGCGUUCCAUUCAGCCACGACGGGAAGUUAGGAUCCUGCCACAUGUCCGGGCCCAUGUCACCGACGAGGAUCACAGCGAAGCGGACGUGCUGGGGCGCGUGCCGCACGUAGAAAUCCAUCGCCGCAGACGGUCUCACGCGGCGCCAGCGCAAAUAGAGCGUCUCCCACAGAGCCGGUGACGCGUGGGCGACGCGCGACCAUGUGCGCGACACGAGUAUGAUGGGCAGCGGGGGGAAGUCCUCGUACGCGCGCUGAAGUCGAAUACGCUUCCAAGCGUCGGCCUCACUCUCGCCCUCUUUCAUAUUGAAGUGAUCAUCGUAGUAGUUCGGUGGUAUUUGCCAGUACCGGUGAUCGUCUCGUUGUGGGACGAAAUGCUCUAGAAUUUUAGACCCGAUCUCGGGCGGAAAACGCGUGAGAGGAUCCGAGCGCGAGAUCGCGUUGAUCUGAGAUAGCGUGUCUGCUUGUCGAUUCUGAGAUCCCUUCAAGAUCUCCUCUCGUUGUUGAACGGUAUCGUCGAGUUCUUGGAGACCCGCCCCCAGGAAGUCCAUAUGGGACACCUGACGGAGCUUCGGAGAGAUCGGAUUUCUGCACUGUCAGUGAAACUCCUUGUCGGUGCUAUUUGCGGAUUCCGCGAUGUUCGAGAUGCUCGUAAGGAGAGAACAAGUGACGGUGGAUAGCCACUAUCACUCUCACACUAUCACAAAAGAGACGUGAUGGUGAGUCUCCCCGGCUCGAUCAUGAUCAUCACUCCUGCACUGCCACACGUGUUUGCCGCUGCUCUGCU